GAUUUUAAUAGUGAACAUUGCAAUCAUCUUUUUUACUGCCUACCAACUUGACUUCCUUCACGGUAGAAGUCCGGCUAAAUGAACGAGAAGUUGAACGAAGGUUGACGAUACCCCGUCCCGAUGACAGCAAGGCCAGACGGCAACAAAGACCAGCAGAAAAACCCAUGAAGAAAUGACUCCCCAAUAUAAAUUCAUUCCAUUUCGAAUUGUCCGCCGGAAGAGCAAAUAUUCUCUUUCACGUGAUCAUUGAAAAGAAUAAUCAUAAACAGCUCAAAACCCCCUAAAAAAGUUUUGAUUCGAUCUCCAUCUUCUUCACCUUCCGGCGGCCAAAACCCCAUUUUUCUCUGGAAACCUCCCAAGCCACCAUGAAGUCUUCCAGAUGGAGGUCAGGGGUUGUUUGGCUGGUUCUAAUUUUGUCAUUAUUUAGUAAUAAUUGCGCCUCCGGAGCACAGAGAUCUCAAUCGUCGAAAGAAGCUUACGUGACGCUCCUCUACGGUGACGAGUUCCUGCUCGGAGUUCGAGUUCUCGGCAAGUCUAUCCGGGAUACUGGAACCACCAAGGACAUGGUUGCUUUGGUCUCAGAUGGUGUUUCCAGCUACGCCAAACAGCUCCUUCAGGCUGAUGGGUGGAUUGUUGAAGAAAUUAGUUUAUUGGCAAACCCAAAUCAAGUGAGACCGACCAGGUUUUGGGGCGUCUAUACGAAACUGAAAAUCUUCAAUAUGACUAAUUACAAGAAAGUGGUGUAUCUUGAUGCUGAUACAAUAGUUGUGAAGAGCAUUGAAGACUUAUUUAAGUGUGAAAAGUUUUGUGCAAACUUGAAGCACUCUGAAAGGCUGAAUUCUGGAGUCAUGGUUGUUGAGCCAUCUGAAGAACUUUUUAAGGAUAUGAUUAGCAAGGUUACCACUUUACAUUCUUACACUGGAGGUGAUCAAGGGUUUCUCAACUCCUACUAUGCUGGGUUUCCUAAUGCUCAUCUGUUUGAGCCGAACUUACCACUAGAUGUUUUAAAAUCUAGGCCCCUUCCUAAAAUGGAGAGACUUUCUACUCUUUACAAUGCAGAUGUUGGCCUAUACAUGCUUGCUAACAAGUGGAUGGUUGAUGAGAAAGAGCUGCGUGUUAUACAUUACACACUUGGGCCACUCAAACCAUGGGAUUGGUGGACAUCUUGGCUUGUGAAACCGGUUGAUGUCUGGCAGAAUGCCAGGGUGCAGCUUAAGGAAACUUUACCAGGAACCCAAGGAGGCAAAAAUCCUAAAGAUGAUUUUUUUGUCAAAUUGCUUUGCCUGUUUCCGUUAUUUCUUGUACUUUUCUGCUUCUACCGGUCAUAUUUACAGACGCGCUCACUUUAUGAUCAUAUGAAACAUAUAUACUACAAGUUCAGAGCAGGAGGUAUCCUUCCUUAUUCUUCAGUUCCUCCAUCCAUCAUCAGCUCCAACCAACAGUUAACAGAUGGUACACAGUUUAAGGUGCCUUCUUAUGUAUGUGGGUUGUCAAUCUUUGUCUGUUUUGGUGCUGCUUUGCUGUCCCUUGGGCUCUCUCUCCUAAUCAUCCCCCGCCAAAUAAUGCCCUGGACUGGUCUCAUCCUAAUGUAUGAGUGGACAUUCACGCUUUUCUUCCUCUUCUUUGGAAGUUACUUGAAUGUAGUCCGGCAAUGGGGAAAGCUGAUGGGAAAUCAAGUGGGCAGUUCUCGAUCUGAGUCAUUGGCAUAUGAUUCAGCAAAAGUUCAUCAGCGGCAGCAGUCAUGUUGUGACAUGGCUGCAUGGAACUAUGGUUUAGGAAUGGCUUUUCUUGCCAUUGCAACCCCAUCACUGCCUUGUCUUUUUGGGGUCACUUCACUGUUUUUGAGGUUGGGUAUGAUGGUGGGAGCAGGAAUUGUUCUAGCAUCCUUCAUGACAUAUGCUUCAGAGCACAUGGCAAUUAGAUCAUUCAUGAAAGGCCUGGAAGAGAAAGACACGCAUAGGAGUAGUAGUAGUAGUAGAAGCUUAUGUUUCUUGUGCUGACUUUUUAAUCAUGUAUAUGUCAGCUAACCCAUAAAACUUCCUUUUUUUAGUGUAGUUUGUUGUGUGUUCUACUGUAUGGCAGAGAUUGUAUAUCAUCUUUGAAUUUUUAGCUAAUGUAAAAAAAAGAAAGAAGAAAAUCUCUUUUUCUGUUGUGUUGAAGUGAAAAUUGUGAGUAGUUGUUUGUCCCUAGGAAGGAG